GCCGCUCGCGCUCACCGAGCCAAGUAUGUUUACACAGAUAGGCCUAAUAUUUCCGAGUCGCUCAUUUGACUAGCUACCCCGUAUAUGUUUCCUCAUAUUGUAACAGUAUUCAAAUACUGACUUACCCAAAGCCGAGAGCAAAGGAGCUGAGUUGAAGUAGUAUCACCUAAAGAUCAAGAGUUUGGUUGGAGGAGCGCGCUCUAUGACCUUGCUCCAGGGGAUCUGCCUGCGCUCGCUCUUCACCGGCAAGAUCACGCUUUAACCACGACUAUAUGAGAGACAUGGUUGCCAGCGGUCUCAUGUCCGUGGCAGUUGACCUCCUACAUUCCUGUUGAUUCCCGAGAGCUGCUCUGAACUCCCACUGCUGCCCACCGGUCCCAGCCAUGGACCCCUACCAGGAGCCUCGACUCGGUUUCCAGCCCCCGCUUGACGAGGGCGCCCCAGACCUGGAAUGUGCCAUCUGCUUCAGCCAGUUCAACAAUGUCUUCCGCACUCCCAAGAUGCUCCAGUGCAAUCACACCUUUUGCCUGGAGUGCCUGGCCCGUAUGAAUGUCAAGUCAGCCAAGCCGGACUCCAUCCAGUGCCCAUUGUGCCGGGGCCACACACCGCUACCCGACCUGGGGUUGCCCAAGCUGACCACGGACCGGGCCGUGCUCUCUUACCUCCCCGGGGCCAUGCAGCGUGUCUACAGCAUCCGCUUCAACCGCAACAAGGGCAAGCUGCAGGUGAAGAGGACCACCGAUGUACCCCCCCCCCUGAACUCGCUGCGUUCUAUUAGUCACUCUCUGGAUGUGGGGCAGCCAAGCCCCACAGGAGGCAGCGGGGACGUAGAGGGGGGGCAGAGGCGAAGGCUCGGGGCACUGCUGAGACUGUGUCGUAGACCAGGAUGCAGAGCCUCCCUCCUGGUGUCAGUGGUGAUGAUGAUGGUGGUGCUUACCUGCGUCAUCAUCUUUCUCCUUGCAUAUAAAAAGCUAUAACACCUCGGAGAGAGGACCUGAUGGACCUCGGAGAGAGACGUUACCCGGCUUCUACUGUAGCAGUUUUCAGUACCUUUUUUUUUUUUUUUAAUAUAUUUUUUAAAGUGUAUCUAUUUCUUAGCAGUUGUGUAUCUGUAUGCUGAAUUUGUGUACAACUAUGACGCAUGUCGUACACGAGAACCACAUUUCCCUCUGUGGUUUUCUGUUUAUAGACAGACUGUCAUGUGAUACAUGUCAUAAUAUAAUAGUCCUGCUGUCCUCCAGGUUUCCAUCCACAGUAAACACACUCGACGUACUUCAAUGCAAAUCAAUAGUGACUGGCUAUACAAAUUCACAGUUACCUUUUUUUGAGUAAGACACUGUGGUAUCACUGAGAAACAGUUAGGGCUAAGAGAUUGGAGAUAAUCUUGAGGUCAA